AUGCAGCUACUGCCCACCCUGCUGCUGCUGCUGCUGCUGCUGCUGCUGCUUCUGGACGCCGCCUGCCUCCACUCGGCGACGGCUUCACGGAGCGGGGUCAGCGGACCCAAAGUCACCCAGAAGGUGUUUUUUGACAUCACAGUGGCGGCUCACGAGGUGGGCCGCAUCGUCAUCGGCCUCUUCUGAGAGGUGGCCCCGCUCACUGUCUAUAAUUUUGUUGCUCUAGCAACUGGAGAGAAAGGCUUUGGCUACGAAGGCACAAAGUUCCACCGGGUCAUCAAAUACUUCUUGAUUCAAGGAGGAGACUUCAGCGUUGGAGACGGAACUGGAGGUCACAGCAUCUAUGGGAUGGCGUUUCAGGACGAAAGCUUCCAACUGAAGCACAGUUCAGCAGGAUGGGUAAGCAUGGCUAACCUUGGCCCAGACACCAAUGGCUCACAGUUCUUCAUCUUGACCGCCAAAGCACCCUGGCUGGAUGGGAAACACGUCAUUUUUGGAAAAGUUCUGGAAGGCAUGUCUGUGGUGCACACCAUCGAGCUCCAAGACACCGAUGACAGAUACCUGCCGUACGCCGAGUGCGUCAUUGUCAACAGCGGACGCAUCCCCGUAGACGAACCCUUUAGCGUCGAAGUCGACGGAUGGUAGAAUGUCAAAAAUAUUCAUGAUUUAAUCUUGAAGAAAUGUUGGCACAUUAUUCACUUGUGCUAGCAAGUGUUUUCGUCUUCUAAAUUUUAAUAAUAAUAAUUUAAAUACUAAAAAGCGUUAACAAUGAUCGACUUAUUAAUCAGACACAUGUGUUUAUUUUUCAUUGUUACCAAUGCACAAAAUUGGUCAAUGUUCAAUUUGAAGGUGAAAAAUGUUUCAAUGUCAACAAAUGUGUAAUUGCUGCUAUGGUGAUGAUUGACAGCUGCAUGCACUGUCUUUACUAUGCAUUCACAAUAUAUUUUAAAAAUAGAAUGAAAACAUAUGCAAAGUGUAGCAAAACAAAUGUACAUUUUCAAUGACAAAUUCAUAUCACAUCAAGUGUUUACAUAAAACGAUGCUAGUCAGUGUCCCACUGUACUCCUUUUCUAACCACUAUCAUGCUGGGAAUAUGACUUCCUCAAUGAUGUCAUCAAUAGAUCAUAUUGUUCCAAUCACAGCACGUUUUAUUGUAAUUUUGGUAAUAAAUGUCAGUGCCAAAUAAA